GGGUGAAAAUGGCGGCAUCAUUCAGAUGGGUGUUACAGCUACACAAGGACGUACCAAAAGCAGCAAGAUUCUACUCAGAGGGCUUGGAUUUCACCAUUAACGUCUGUACCCAUAGAUGGGCUGAGCUCCAAUCUGGGCCUCUCAAACUUGCUCUCAUGCAUUCAUCAACCGACAUUGUUGUGCAGAAGGGAUACUCAUCCCUCCUAUCCUUUACAGUUGGUGAUAUAAACAACUCAGUGACCAAGCUAAUGGCUUUAGGGGCUGAGUUGGAUGGCCCCAUCAAAUAUGAAAUCCAUGGAAAGGUUGCUGCCUUGAGGUGUGUGGAUGGGCAUAUGUUGGGUCUUUAUGAACCGUCCUAAGACUUCUUUGAGACGACUGCUUGCAGGUAAACGAAAUUGCAACUUGUAUUACCAAGGCAAAUUGGAUGCUUGACACAAAUUUUGCAUAAGAGAAAUUUGACUCUUGUUCAUGGAGGUGAAACACAAGAAGAUAAGAGGAGAUAGUCAUUACUCAUUAAUGUACCAAUUGUUUACAGCAAGAGACUACCAUUACAGUAGUAGAAUUCCUACUGUGGAUUUCAGUUUCAUCCUUUUUGUAAUGCAGAUGCAUGUCAUGAUGGUAUUAAAAAUCCUUCAUACAAGUGAGUCUUUUCAAGUAAUUUGGGUAGGUUCUCUACCAAGCUUGUAUAAGGGGUUUUCCAUCAU